AUGUUCGUUCACGAGCAGUCGCAGGAGGACGAUAAGUCGAAACCGUGCUCUCAAGCGGCCUUGCGACAAUGCGCGUCGCCACAAAGCCGCGACGGGCCAUGCGACGAGCCUGCGACGGUCGCGUGCGACAGUACCGAUCGCACGGUACCGAGCGACCGGGAGCAGACUAUCGCACGCAAAGAGCCUGUCGCGUCGGAGCGUCGUCAUUCGGAAAAAGGCGUCCCGUUGGCGAUAGAGACGCAGGUCGCGGAUGCGCAGCUCGCGCGUGUUCCGGAGCCCGUAGCGCCCCAGUCAUCGCCACCUAACUCCCCGCGUUCCCCGCUGGCGGAGGCCCAGCCCGCCGCAGACUGCGCAGUGUUAUCGCGGACAGAGCUCGAGAACGGAGAGCGGGAAGUAGGGUCGAUUUCCGAUGACUCGUCUGGUCCGCAAUCUAGUUCCCCUUGUCAGCCCGACGCGGAUGUCAGUCCUACGCUGGGGGCGGGGCAGUCCGCGCCGUCUGCGCAGCAGCUUCCGCAAUCGCCGCGGGUGGAGUCGCAGCAGCUCCCCCAGUCUCACCCGCACGCGCAGCCUAAGCAGCCGCACGAACAGCAGGAGGAGCAGCACGGGGGGGUUAUGGAGGUAAUGUCAGAGCCGAUCGGAGUGGAUAUGUCGGGUUUCUCUCAUUGGGAAUCCCUCUCUGCGCCAUACCCGCCCCCAGCUUCCGCGGAAAGCGCAAGCCUUGUCAACCUCCCGGCGUUCGCGGGUUCCGCGGGACAUGUAGGCAGAAUGGGGAGCCUCGCGCUAAGCAACAUGUUUGCGCUACCCUCGUCCGCCUCCGCUGGUGCGCCCCCGCUGUCCGCGUCCGCUGAUUCGCUCCCCCAGACAAGGAAGAGGCCUGGGCGACCGCGGAAGUCGAUCGCCCCCGCGGCUGGUAAGGGGGAAUGCGGCCGCGCCGAAGGGGGGAGCGCGGGAGUGGCGGAGAGGCGGAUCACCCGCGGGAUCGCCGCGCGGAUGAGUCUGCAGAAGCAGUUUGAGGGGGUCUCGGAGCCAGAGGGCGCGGAGGCGCGGGGGAAGGGCGCGGAGGUUGAGGGGGAAGGUGUGGGUGAGGGGGAGAAGGCGCGGGGAAGGAAGAGAGGGGUAGCGGAAGCGGAUGGGGUGAGGAGAUCCAAGAGGCUGAGCAGAAAGAGAGGAUGGGACAGUGAGGAGGAGGAGGAAGAAGGAGAGGAAGGGGAGGAGGGGGGUGAGGGAGGAGAGGAAGAGGAAGCGGAGGAGGAAGAGGAGGAAGGAGAUGAUAACGGAGAGCAAGAGGAAGAAGACGGGGAGGAAGAAGAGGAGCGGUGGGAUGAGGAGGGAGGGGAAGAAGCAGAGGAAGAGGGGGAAGAAGCAGGUGAAGAACAGGAGCAAGAGCAGGAUGAGGAGGUGGAAGAGCAGGAGGAGGAGGAAAAGGUGGGGGGCUGGGAGGAGAGAGGAAAGGAGGGAGGAGAGGAGGGGGCUGACCAAGAUGAGGGGGAAGCACACGAGGAGGACGGGGAGCAGGGGGAGGAAAGUGGGGACUUGGGAGGUAUGGGAAGGGAGGGUCUGGGCGCUGUUGGUGCUGCAGCAGAGGAGGGUGGAGGUAUCGCUGGGGUCGGUGCAACUGUGGCGGUUACAGUUGGGACAGGUACAACUGUGGCGGUUACAGUUGGGACAGGUACAAGUGGGGAAGGGGGGGCAGUCAUGGGGGAGAUUUCUGAGGGUGCAGCCGGCGAGCGUGAGGGGGGAAGAAAGUCAGCGGUUCCGGAGGGAAGAGCGGUAGAAGAGGAGGAGGGAGCAGUGGCAGUGGCGGAAGAGGGAAGGGCGGGGCUAGGGGCAAAGGACGGAGACGCGGGGUCAGGGGACGAGGUAUUGGGUCUGGGAGGAACGGUGGGGGUGCACGAGGCAGGCUUGGAAGCAGGUCAGGAGGGGGCAGGGGAGGGUGAGGUGCGGGGAACAGGUGGGGGCGAGAUGCAUGUGGCAGUGAGGGACGGGGGUAAUGAUGCAGGAGGGGGGAGUAAGACAGGAGAGGGGAGUGGGACAGGAGGUGUGGAGCGUAUAGCAGGUGGUGAUGGGAGUGGAGGUGUGGUGGCAGUGGCGGAAGGGGGUAAUGAGGCAGGAGGAGGAGGGAAUCACAUAGAAUGUGUGGGCCGUUUGACAGGUGGUGACGGGGGAGGGGGUGUGGUGGGUGUGCCUGGGGUGGAGGGAAGCGAGCAGAACGAGGUCAGCAUGGUGGGGACAGAAGGAGAUGAUGCCACAAGGGGGGGUGACAGUAACGAGGGGGCUUGCCUAGCGCUCGUUACUGUGGAGAGGACACUCCGGGGGUUGGACGUCAUACAGCAGGCUGUAGUAAAUGAAACAAAUCGUGUUAUAGAUAGUGCAACGGAGCAUGCUAUAGCGAGUACAAUAGAGCCUGCAGUAGAACCAGCAGAGGAGGGAGGAGGGGCAAAGCUGGGAGCAGGAGAGCGUGAUGAGCUCUUGCUGAUAGGGGACACUUCAGAGGAGGAAGGGGAGGAGGAGGCAGAUGAAGCUGAGAAAUGGACGGUGUGGGGAUUCGAUCUCCGAUUCGAUCUCAAAUCUAGGGAGCAGGAGGAGGAGUAUUACUAUCAGUUCAUGGGUCAAAUGAGAGAAGCAGGAGGGGUUGGAGGGUUCAACCUACUCUUUCCUGGUUCUGCUGCUGGCCGCACCACCAACCUCUGGAAAAAAAGGUUUCUCAGGGCCAAUCCGCACCUGGUUCUGGGCUGGGAUUAUGCGCGGCAGCAGGAUUUGAACCCGGAUCUUCUGGGAGCAGCAAUUGCAGGGCUAGGUGCUGAGGCAACACCAGUGAAGACAUUGGUUCCCUGGGCCACUGACAGUGCUGGGGUGGUGGGAGGGGAAGGAGUGAACCUGGGCGGAAGCGGAGUGGGGGGUGCAGGGCUGGCUGUCACUCCGGUUGCUGUUUUGGGAGGGGCACAGGCGGGUCAGUCUCACUUGGGGGUGGGGGGUGCAGCAGCCAUACACACGCCCAUGCACCCGGAAGCACUCAGACAGUUAGACCAUCUGGGGGGUGUGCGCUCUGCCUCACCAGGCCUUCCAGGGACGUUCGGAACACCAGGUGCGGUUGGCGGUUCGGGAGCGGUUGGGGGUUCAGGGGGGUAUGGAGCGGCAGGAGGAUUUGGGGGUUCAGGAGGGUAUGGGACGUCAGGAGCAGGUGGAAUGUCAGUGGCGUAUGGGCCGUCAGGUAAGAAGAAGCAGUACAUGUGUCGCAAGUGUGGUGCUCCCAAGAGGGGCCAUGUGUGCUCUGCUGACCCUGCUGCCGCUGCUGCCUACGCUGCUUCUGUUGCUGCCGCCGAUGCUGCUGAUGCGGCUGCUGCUGCUGCUGCCGCUGUUGGUGUUGCUCGUGCUGCUUUUGGUGGUGGAGGUGGUGGUGGUGGUGGUGGUGGUGGUGUUGGUGUUGGCGCUGGUGGUGGUGCGGCGUUGUCAUUCCCAGUACGGGUUGGGGCAGAGGAGGCUGCAAGGGAGGGUUGGGGGAGGGAAUCAGCAGGGAAAGCAGAUGCAGCAGCGCGAGAGGCAGCAGCAGCAGCAGUGGCAGCAGCAGUAGCGGCCAGGGAGGCGGCUAGGAGGGAUGCAGAGGCGCGGGAGGUGGUGAGGAGGGAAGCAGCAGCGCGGGAGGCAGAGGCAAGGGAGCAGAUGAUGAGAGAGGAGAAGGCGAGGAGGGAGAGUGCUGCGAGGGAUAGAGAAAUGAGGGCGGCUGCACGAGCCGAGGCAGAGAGACGGCAAGAGAGAGAAGUGGCAGAGCGGAAACGGGAGAGAGAAGAGGCGGUGAGACGGGAGAGGGAAGAGUUUGAGCGGAGAAAGCAGAGAGAAGAGGCUGACGCAAGGGCAAAGGCGGAAGAGAAGGCGAGAGGGGAGGGGGAAGGUGUGGGGAGGGCGGAGAGGGAAGGGAAAACGAAGGCUGCGAUUAUCAUGAGGAGGCGUGCUGAGGUGGAAGCUAAUGCGAAGGCUGCUGCUGAAGCAGAGGCGAAGGGAAAGGGUGAUGCGGAGGAAAGGAGAAGGGAGGCUGCCAGAAAGGCUGAAGAUGAGGAGAGAAGAAGAGAGGCCGAAAGGAAAGCCACAGCCGAGAGAGAAGCAAAGGAACAGGCAGAGGCAGAGCGAGCAGCAAAGGAAAAGGCUGAUGCGGAGAGGGUUAAGGCAGAGAGAGAGGCCAAGGAGAAGGCAGAGAGAGCUAGAGUGGAAGCAGAGAGGAGGUCUAGCAGAGUGAGGGAGGCGAAGGAAAAGGCAGAGGCAGAAACGAAGGCAAGGGCUGACGAAGAAAAGGACAGAUUAGAAAGGGAAUUGAAAGAGACGGCAGAAGCGGAGGAGAGGACACAGAGUGAGGCAGCAAGGGGAACGGGUUCUGAGCUGGUUCAAAAGGGCGAGAGGGUUGUGAAAGUGCGGUUUGGAAGCCGUGUGGUUGCCCGGGUGGAGUCGGGAGGACGGGGGCGAGAGGGGAGUGACGGGUGUGUGAAUGAGGAAGGGGGUGCAGGGGAGGGAAGGAGUGAGGGUGGAGUGGGGAAGAGUAGAGAACGGGAAAGGAGGAGAGGCAAGAGGAAGGCGGAAGGUGAGGGUGUUGGAUUGGAGCGUGGGGAGAGGGGUGAGAGGGGGGAGAGGGGGGAGAACGGAGAGAGGAGGGUUAGGAGAGAGAAUGGUACAGUGGAAAGAGGUGCAGAGGAGAUGGAGAGUGAAGAGAAUGCAAAGGCAGAGAGGAGGGGCUAUGUGAAUGCAGGUGUGGAUGAUGGUCGCAGGGAUGGGAGCAGGAAGAGGGUGAAGAGAAUAAAAAUAUUGCCUUUAGCUGGGAUAGAGAUGGGUGGAAGUAGGGGCAAAGAAGUGGAGAGGGGGAAGGAGGUGGAGAAGGGGAAGGAGGGGGAAAGAGGGAAGAAUAGGGGGGAAAGGAGUGGAGGAAGAAGGGGAGAGGGCCGGGGGAGCAGAGGAAGGAAGAAGAGAGCAAAAGGGAAUGGGGAGGAAGGGGAUGGAGGGGAAGAGAGGGAGGGGGACGAAUCAGAGGGGCAAAAGAGUGAUGGAGAGGAAAAUGGAGGUGAAGGGAAUGGGGGGGACGAUGAUGGGGGGAAUGAUGGUGGGGGGAACGGUGGUGGGGGGAACGGUGGUGGGGGAAAUGGCGGUGGGGGAAACGGUGGUGGGGGAAACGGUGGAGGGGGGAAUGAAGGUGGGGGAAACGGUGGUGGGGGAAAUGAUGGUGGGGGCAACAGUGGUGGGGGCAACGACGGUGGGGGGAGCGAUGGUGGGGGUAAUGGGGGGGGAGGGGGCAAUGGGGGGAAUGACGGCGGUGGCAACAAUGGGAGAGAUGAUAAGGGAAGCAAUGGGAGGAGAGAUGAUGAGGAGAACGGAGGAGAAGGGGAAGGGAGGGAAGGCGAAGGGGAAGAGGAUGCGGAGGAAAGAGGUGGGGAGCAAGGAGAUGAGGAUGAUGAUGUUGAAGGGGGGGAGAAGGGCGGGGCGGAGAAAGGUAAUGGACAGGAGGAGGGGAAAGUGGAGGAUAGAGGGGGGCAGGAAGGAAAAGAGGUAGGGAAAGUUGAAGGAGGUAUAGAGGCUGGAGGGAAGGAGGAAGAGGAGGAGGAAGGGAAGGGGGAAGGAGAGGCGGAAGGAAAGGAGGAAGUAGGGAAGGAGGAAGGGAAGGAGGAAGGCAGGAAGGAGGAAGGGAAGGAGGAGGAAAGUGGAAAAGAGGAGGAAAGAGGGAAGGAGGAAGGAGAGGAUGAAGGGGAGGAUGAGGAUGAAACAGGAAGGAAAGCGGGAGCUGAAGUGGAGGGAGCGAGGGAAAUGGAAGUAGAAAAAGAGUCAGGGAAGAUUCUCGAUUCAGGGCAGGGUUGCAGCAGGGCAGCAGCGAGCCGCGCGGCAGCAGAUUCUGGAGCCAUGGGGAGGGAUGAGGGCGGAGGGAUGGAGAUGAAAGUACCAGAACAGCAGGGGAGAGAGAUGAAAGUAUCAGAACAGCAGGGGAGAGAGAUGAAAGUAUCAGAACAGCAGGGGAGAGAGAUGAAAGUAUCAGAACAGCAGGGGAGAGAGAUGAAAGUAUCAGAACAGCAGGGGAGAGAGAUGAAAGUAUCAGAACAGCAGGGGAGAGAGAUGAAAGUAUCAGAACAGCAGGGGAGAGAGAUGAAAGUAUCAGAACAGCAGGGGAGAGAGAUGAAAGUAUCAGAACAGCAGGGGAGAGAGAAGCGGGGAUGCAGCAGGGCAGUUGCGACCUCUGUGGAUGCAUGUGCGGGACCUGUGGGGGUGGAGGAGAGCGGAGGGAGGGGGAUGAAAGUAGAGGCACAUCAAGGGAGACGUUGCCAGGGUAGUGUGGAUUUAAAAGGUGCAGUUGUAAGGGAGGGUGAGGGAGGAGGAAGUGGGGAGAGCGAGGGGGGCAGUGGGGAGAGUGGGGGAAAGAGUGGGGAGAAGAGGGAGGGAAGUGAGGAGAGGGAGCGUGCUGAGCAGGGCAGAAACGGGAGGGAGAACGAGAGGAAAAGGGAGGGGACAGGGAAUGAGGGGAAGGGAGACGAGGGGAAAGGAGAUGAGGGGAAAGGGCAUGAGGGGAAAGGGCAUGAAGCAAAAGCGGAUGACGGGAAAGGGAUUGAAGGGAAAGGGACUGAAGGGAAAGAAAUUGAGCGGAAGGGUUGUGAGGAAGAGGAGAUUAAGAGGAGUGGGAAUGAAGAGAAGGGGAAUGAGGGGAAGGAGAAUGAGGAGAAAAGAGAUGAGCUUAAAGCGCUUGAGGCAAAAGGGCAUGUGGGGAAAGCAGAUGAGGGGACAGGGAAUGAGGGGAGGGAAAAUAAGGGGAGUGGGAGUGAGGUGAAAGGGGAUGAGGGGGGAGGGCACGAGGGAAAAGGGGAUAUGGGGAACGAGAUGGGGGGGGGAUUAUGCGAGGGGAAGGAGAUCUGGAUAAAGGAGAAUGAGGGGAAGGGGAAUGAGGGGAAGGGGAAUGAGGGGAAGGGGAGCGAGGGGAAGGAGAUCUGGAUAAAGGAGAAUGAGGGGAAGGGGAAUGAGGGGAAGGGGAAUGAGGGGAAGGGGAGCGAGGGGAAGGGGAGCGAGGGGAAGGGGAGCGAGGGGAAGGGGAGCGAUGGGAAGGGGAAUGAGGGGAAGGGGAAAGGGGGAGGUCAUGCUGAUAUAGGGGAUGAGGAAAAGGGAAUCGAGGGGAAGAAGGUUUAUUGGAAGUGGCAAGAAGAGAAGGAAGAGGGGAAAACGACUGGGGAGAAAGGGAUUGAUGGAGAAACGAAGGGGUUGACAGAGAGUUCAGAGAAUAAGAACAAGGAUAGAGGAAAAAGGGGUAGUGCAAAGGUAAUUGUGGGAAAAAGGAGUGGGGAGGAAGGGAAAAUAGAGGAAGGGAAGAGGGAGGGGGAAAAGGUGGAGGAAGGGAAAUUGGAUGGAAGGAAAGUGGAGGAAGGGAAAGUGGAGGAAGGGAAAUUGGAGGAAGGGAAAUUGGAAGGGGAAAAGGUUGAAGAAGGGAGGGAAGAGGAAGGGAAGUUGGAGGAAACAGAGAUGGAGGAACGGAAAAUGGAGGAAGGAAAGAUGGAGGAAGGGAAAGUGGAGGAAGGGAAGAUGGAGGAAGGGAAGUUGGAUGAAAGGAAGUUGGAGGAAGGGAAAGUGGAGGAGGAAAAGGUUGAGGAAGGGGAGGAAGAGGAAGGGAAGGUGGAGGGGGAAAAGGUGGAGGAAGGGACAGUUGAAUCGACAGAGGAAACGACAGAGGAGGAUGGGGUAGAAUGGGUAGUAGGGGAAGGGGAGGAGGAUGAGGUGAGGAUGUGUGUGGAAGGGGAGGAGGAUGAGGUGAGGGUGUGUGGAGAGGAGGAAGAGGAUGAGGUGAAGGUGUGUGUGGAGGGCGAGGAGAAGGAUUCAGAGGGGUGUGUAGAGGUGGAGGAGGAGGCAGAGGGGUGUGUGGAGGUGCAGGGUGAAAUGGCAGAGGCGCCCUCUGUUGCCCCAGAUGCACCCCAUCCCACACCAGCAGCAGCCCAACCUUCAGGUGCCUCAGGUGCCCCCACCACCACCACCACGCUCCCCUCUCGCCCCUACCCCGGCCCGACCAAUGUCGAGCUGACAGCUGUCCCGAAGAACGUAAAAGCCCUCCUCGAAUCCGGCCUGCUGGACGGCAUCCCAUUGGUCUACGACGACGGCCGUAACCGCCUGCGCGGCGUGGUAACCAGCGGAGGGGUCGCCUGCGGGUGCCGCUCCUGCAGAGGCCGGCAGGUAGUCGCGUGCGCGGUCUUCGAGGUGCAUGCGGGGAGCGCGGCUAAGAAGGCGGUGAAUUACACGUUCCUGGAUGUGCCGUGCGCUGCGAAUGCGAGGGAGGGCGAGUGCAUGUCGGCUGCGGAGGCGGCUAGGCUGAGAGGCCCCUGCCUGAAGGAUAUUAUUCUGAUUGCGGGGUACGCGGCUGAUCCUGCUGCUGCGUCGGCGGAUGUGGAGCGGGAGAUGCGGCGGGCGUUCGGGGAAGGGGUGUGGGGCAAAGGAGGGGAGGAGGUGUGGGGAGGAGGGACGGAGGGGGAGUGGAGAGGAGGAGCGGAAUCCGGGAGGAUGGUUCGGGUAGAGGCGGUUGGAAGGGGCUCCCCUGCUGCUGCUGCAUGGUCACCUGCGGUAAUCCCAAGGUCACCGGGAGGAGUAAUCUCAAAAUCACCUGCUGGAGGGGUGCUUCCCAAGCUGCCUGGGCCGGCUGUGUGGUCCCCUGGCAGUGGCAGCAAGGCGGCAACUGGGGGAGGGGUAUCUGGCGGGGCAGGGGUGGCUGGGGGAGGUGCAGCUGGGGGCGGUGGUAUGGGAGAGGGUCAGGUGCGCAAGCAGCAGGGCAUGCCGGUCAGGAAGAGGGAGUCGGGGUCAACACACAAGGCAUUGUUCCGACCGGGAGGCAUAGAGGACGGAACCAGCCUCGGCUAUUACAUGAAGGGUCAGUGCAGUGGCAUUUUGAGUCGACUACAAAGUUUUGCGCCUCUCCAUUUCCUUUCCUCUCCCCGUGUGCCAGUGUCUGCUGCACGGUGUGAAGCAGGGCAGCGGCAUUCUCUGCAGCUGCUGCAACCAAGUGGUGAGCACUCUUCCUUUCACAUCCAACCCCCUCUCUCCGCAACGCUCCUCUCUCCAUCUCUUCUCAUCCUUCUCUCUUGUGUUUGUCCCGUGAAUGUGAUUGCAAGCGUCAAGGGGGUUUCUCCCCUUAUCCGUCCCUUGAUCGUCCGUUCCCCUCCUUAUAUCAGCAGCUCUCAGUUCGAGGCACAUGCAGGGAAGGGCGGCCACCGCAACCCGCUCUUCUUCCUUCAAACUCCCUCCACCUUCCCUUCACCCACUCCCUUCACCCACUCCCUUCACCCACUCCCUUCACCCACUCCCUUCACCCACUCCCUUCACCCACUCCCUUCACCCAUCCUCCACCUCUCCUCUGCUCACCCACCCACCAGCUACAACCGCAUAUUCACCGACAACGGCUACAGCUUGCACGAACUCGCAAUCAGGCCCUUCAAUGACACCAGCUACAAUCACAGACUCCCUCACUCUCCCUUCACUGUCCCUUCACUGUCCCUUCACUCUCCCUUCACUCUCCCUUCACUCUCCCUUCACUCUCCCUUCACUCUCCCUUCACUCUCCCUUCACUCUCCCUUCACUCUCCCUUCACUCUCCCUUCACUCUCCUUCACUCUCCCUUCACUCUCCCUUCACUCUCCCUUCACUCUCCCUUCACUCUCCUUCACCCUGCUCCCUCCCGUGCCUCUCCGCACCCACCCACAGCUACAAUCGCAUUUUCACCGACGACGGCCACAGCCUACACGAACUCGCCAUCAGGCUCGCAGCCUCCCGGCCCCCCUGCACCCCUGCCUCGUUUGCUGCUCCUGGUACUGGUGCUACCGGUACUUCUUCUGCUGCAUCUGCUGGACACGGCACUGCGAGGAAGGGCAGCCUCAAGCGCGGAGGAGAAUCCCGAGACGCCCGCGACUCGUGUGAGUCGAGCCCGCGAGUACAUCUCAGCACAGACGGGAACGCGGACGGGCAUGCGGACGGGCAUGCGGACGAGUGCACCAACUGUGGCGAGGGCGGCACGUUGCUGCUCUGUGAGACGUGCCCAGGAGCCUACCACCCCGGCUGCUGCGAGAAGGAGUAUCACGUGGGGUGUUUGAAGGAGCAUGGGGUGCAGGUGUUAGAGAGGCUGCCUGAGGGGAACUGGUUCUGCUGUGCAGCGUGUGAAGAGGUGUUCAAUGCGGUGCAGAUGGUUCUGGAGCGGGGAAGCAUGCAUUUGCCGGAUCUGCCGGACUGGGAGGAGAUGGAGGAGGCUCACCUGCUGGAGCCACAGCCAAUGCCGCGUGCUGCUGGUGCUGCUGGUGUUGUUCAGCAUAGCACCUCCUCCCAGCUUCGGGCGGCAACCUUUGACCUGACGCCGAACGCGUCCCAGGGCCGGGCGGCGCAGAGCAGGGCGCGGGGCGGCGAGCUGUCGUGGCAGGUGCUGAAGGGGCGGCGGGGGUUGGAGGCGAACGGGCUGACGCUGGGCGGCGUGUGUCAGCUGUUUGCAGAGUCGUUCGAUCCGAUCAAGGAUGCAUUCACGGGGAAAGAUCUCAUUCCCCUCAUGGUUCGCAGUCAACCCUCCCCUACCCCGCUCUCACCCCACCAGUCGCAGCAGCAGGGAGCACGAGUUUCAGGGCAUGCUGUGCUGUGUGUUGAAGCAGUGAGACCACGUGGUGUGUGCAGCCUGCAUCCCUUGCCUCUCUCACCCCUCUCUCACCUGUUUCUCCCCCCACGCCUCUCUCCCCCCUCUCCCACCCACCAGUCGCAGCAGCAGGGAGCACGAGUUUCAGGGCAUGCUGUGCUGUGUGUUGAAGCAGCAAGACCGCGUGGUGUGUGCAGCCUGCAUCCCUUGCCUCUCUCACCCCUCUCUCACCUGUUUCUCCCCCCACGCCUCUCUCCCCCCUCUCCCACCCACCAGUCGCAGCAGCAGGGAGCACGAGUUUCAGGGCAUGCUGUGCUUCGCAGCAGCAGGGAGCACGAGUUUCAGGGCAUGCUGUGCUGUGUGUUGAAGCAGCGCGACCGUGUGGUGUGUGCAGCCUGCAUUCGCAUCUUCGGCCGCCAGCUCGCUGAGAUGCCCCUCGUUGCCACUGCCUACUCGCACCGCCGCCGGGGCCUGUGCAAGGUGCUGCUGAAUGCACUGGACGUGCUCUUCUCUCUCCUCGGAGUGAGCAAGUUCUGCCUGCCAGCAGCACCAGGAGCAGAGGGCACGUGGAUCAAGGGAUUCGGAUUCUCAGUCAUGACUGAAGAAGAGGUCACACAGGUGCAUCGGGACUUUCCGCUCCUCGUCUUCCCCGGGUCUGUCAGCGUGGUCCGGCGCGUCCCGAGCCUGCCCUGGGCCUACCGCAAGGCUGCCGAGCUUCAGGAAGUGACAGCAGCAGAGGAGGACGAGGAGGAGGAAGAAGAGGAGGAAGAGGAUGAGGAUGAAGAUGAGGAUGAGGAUGAAGAUGAGGGUGAGGAGGAGAUGGAUGGUGAGGAAGAGGAGGUGGUGAUUGGGAAGAUGCAAAGGCGUGGUGAUGGGACUGGGAGGCGGGAGAGGGAGAGGAAUGGGAUGGUGGGGGAUAAGCAGCAGGUGCCGCCACUGUUUGUGGUGGCGGUUGAAGAGAAGAGCUAUGACCCGUCCGUGUGGGAUGUGGGAAGGAGUGAGGAGAAGGAACCGAGAGUUAGUGGUGAGGAGAAGGGAACGAGAGUGGGUGAUGAGGAGGAGGAAAAGAGGGAGGAGGAAAAGAGGGUGAGUGAUGAGAAGGGAAUUAGGGAAAGUGAUAAGGAGGAGGAAAAGAGGGUGAGUGGUGAGGAGGGAAGUAGGGGGAGUGAUGGGGAGGAGCAGAAGGGGAUAUGUGACCUGGAAGGGCAAGAGGAAGAGAGGAGGAGAAAGAAGAGACACGUGUCAUUUGCAAGUGACUCGCUGGGACCUGAUGCGAGUGGUGCUGAUGUGGGUGCUGCUGAUGUGGACAGUGCUGACAUGGCAGGUGCUGACGUGGCGGGUGCUGACACGGGAGGUGCUGGCAUGGAUGGUGUCGACAAGGGAGGGAAGAAAGAAGCAGCAGGGGAGGAACGAGAAGCGAAGCGAGCGAGGUGGGGCGAUAAUUCUCACGAGCAGACCAGAGGCCAGCAGCAGGGAGUGCAGGGGGGCCAGGAGAAGCAGAAGCAGCAGGAGGAUAAGGGGGAAAAGGAGGAGAGAUUGGGGUUGAACGAAGAGCAGUUGGGGACGAAGGGGGAGCAGUUGGAGGAAAAGGGGGAGAAAUUGGGCAAAAAGGGGGAGCAAUCGGAGAAGAAGGAUGAGAAAUUGAGGGGAUUGGGGGAGCAUUUGGAGGAGAAGGGGGAGCAAUACGGGGAGGAUUGGGGGAAGCUUCAGGGCGCCCAGGUGAAGCAUGUUGACCUGGUCAAGCGACAGGGAAUGCCCGUUCAUGGCAGGGUCAUUCCCGUGAUGGCAGGCAAAAAAGGAGGACCGUUUGUGCUUUCUAUCAAGCGAAAGAGACAAGAAGGGUGGAGGCAUAAAAGAGAAAAGGGCUGGGGUGCGGUGCUUGGGAUCGGGAGGGAUCGGGAGGAGGAGAGGAAGGCAAAUCGCUUAGAAGGUAAUUUUCCGGAGGAUAAGCACUUGGGGGGUGAGAAACUAUUCGUUGUUAAAAAUCGAUUUGUUGUUAAACACACCGAAGAGGGAUUGGAAGGUGAAGAGGAGGACGGUUUUGAGGCGGAGAUUCUGAGAGCAGUGGAAGAUGAUGACGAUGGGGUGAACACGCGGGAGGGGGGUGGCGAGAAGAGGGAGGAUAGGGGGGACAGGGAGGAGAGUGAGGAGAGUGAGGAGAUUGGGGGGGGUAGAGCAAAGAGGAGGCGGAUUGAGAGCAAAAGCUGGGUGGGGAGAAGGAGGGUGAGGGAGAGUGGGGCAAGGAGGAGGGGGCGACGGAGGGUAGUGGAGGAAAAGGAGGAGGCGGAGGAGGAGGAGAAGGAGGAGGAUGAGCAGGAGGAGGAUGAGAAGGAGGAGGAGAAGGUGGAGGAGAAGGUGGAGGAUGAAGAGGAGGCUGAGGAAGAUGAGGAGGAUGCAGAUGAGAAAGAGGAGGUGGAGGGUGGGGAUGGGGAUGAGGAAGAGGAGGUGGAGGAAGAGUUUGAGGAGCUUUUUGAGAUCGAUGGGGAGGACAGAGGAUGGGGCAUGGCUGAUGGAGGAAGGCGAGGGAAGAGAGAAGCUUUUGAGAAUUCUCAAAAACCAGCUGGUGAUAUUGCUGGGGAGGAGGAUAGAGGAUGGGGCAUGUCUGGAUGGAAGCUGAAGAGGUGGAGGAGGGGCGUGGAGAGGAGGAGGGGAGUGGUGGAUGAGGAGGGGAGUGGAGAGGACGGGAGUGGAGAGGAGGGGAGUGAAGAGGGGGAGUGGGGUGGGAAGGAGGAAGUAAGUAGCAUGAGUGGGGAGGGACGGCGAGGGGAGAGGAAGCAGACCGGGUUGGAUCUUCUAAUGAGGCGAGCAAGUGAGAAGGAUGAGAAGGACGGAGAGAAAGGGGUGGAGGAGGGUGGGAAAGGUUUGAUAAUGGAUAUUGCAGUGGAAGGGGUGAUGGACGGUGUAGUGCGGUUGAGAAGCACAGAGGAGGUGACCAACGCCGCAGUGCGGUGUGGGGAGCGGGCGGGCGGGGGUGCUCGUCGUGCGAGGAGAGGGAGGAGGGCGGCACAAGGAGAGAGAGGCGAAAAGAAUCAGGAGGAUGGAUUGAAAGAGGAGGAAGAGGAGGACGAAGAAGGGGGAAAAGGAGGAAGAGGAGGAAGAGGAGGAAGAGGAGGAGGAGGAGGAGGAGGAGGAGGAGGAGGAGGAGGAGGAGGAGGAGGAGGAGGAGGGGAGGAGGAGGAGGAGGAGGAGGAGGAGGAGGAGGAGGAGGAGGAGGAGGAAGAAGAGGAGGAUGUAUAUGAGCCUGAUGAUCGAAUUGCUGCUGGGCAGAGGGAGGGGCAGGGGCAGAGGAAGCGGUAUGACAAGCGCGAGAAGGGAGAGAAGAUGAGACGUGAACAGGAGGGAGUGGAUGGUGACUCAAUUGAUGAAGCAAGCGGUGGCGAAGGAGAGGAGGAGGGGAGUGAGUCUGGGGAGGAAGAAGCAGAGGGGGAAGAGGACUGCUAUUCGCCUGAGGGGAGAAGGCUUGGGAAGGGUGAAGGGCAGGAGAGUGGGGAGAGAGGCGGUGAUGGGGAGGGAGAUGAUGGAUCGGGGAGUGAGAGUGAGGGCAGUGAAAGUGAUGAGGGUGAUGGUAAAGGGGAGAAGCAGGGGUAG